AGAGAAUAACAAGUACUUAAGUCCACAUUCUGUAACAGCCCUCCGCCUCACCUCAACUACAUUCAAAAGCCUCUGUGUCACGGGUUUUCAAGGGUGUUUUUACGGUUCUAGUGACAGAUUAACAAGAUUUCUACAUUAUUAACAGGAGAAACACUCUUGGGAACCUGAUUAAUCAUUUAUGUGGCCUUUGAAAAUACUCAUGGUGAAGUGACACGGGUUUUCAAAGGUGUUUUUUACGGUUCUAGUGACAGAUUAACAAGAUUUCUACAUUGUUAACAGGAGAAACACUCUUGGGAACCUGGCUGAUCGUCUCUGUGGCCUUUGAAAAUAGUAGUGGUGAGACAGCAUGUCGUUUCUAAACACUGGUCUGUAAUGAACGACAAAAAAUAGGUGUAACGUUGUUCUGGGAUUAUUAGUGGGCAGCCUCCUGAGUUAAGAGGUGUCCGGAUGUCACCGAGAUACAGGUGCCUCACUGUCCACGGGGGAGAGUGAGGGAGAGAGGGAGAGGGACCCGCCAAGAAGCCCUCCGCCUCAUGAGCACAUCCACUUGUGACUGACGAAGAUGAAGUGGUGAUUGAAGUGAUCGUAGUGAGGUUGUGGUGACUGGAAAAGUGAUGUGGUGGUGGUGAUUAGAACUGAAAUGAUGUUGUGAUUAAAAUGAUGUUGUUUGAAUUGAAGGGAUGUAAGUGGUGAUCGAAAUUGAAGUGACGUUGUGACGGGUGACUGAGGAAGUAAUGUGAUGACUGAGAUUGAAGUGACGCUGUGAUUGGUGGUGACUAAACUUGAAAUGCUGUGAUUGGUGGUGACUAAGGUGAUAUUGCAGUGAAGUUGUGAGAGGUGACUGAAAAAGUAAUGAGGUGGUGAUUGAAACUGAAGUGACGCAGUGGUGUUGUGGUGAACGAGGGAACACCACAGCGGCGCCACGGUGAUGGUGAUGACAACACCGAUGCUUCAUAGUGACCAUGGCGGCAGUUAAACACAAAACGCAAGCACACUGAUGCCACCAGGAAGCUAAAAACCACCACAACAACAACAACAACAACAACCACAUUCCUACAACCCAACAAAGCACCCACAGACACAGCCUUCAACCAGACACUCACACAUACAACCAGACACUCACACAUACAACCAGACACUCACACAUACAACGAGACACUCACACAUACAACCAGACACUCACACAUACAACCAGACACACAGCCUUCAACCAGACACUCACACAUACAACCAAACAACGACACCAAAAUUCGAACUGAAAUCCUGAAGACCACAAUAACAUUUCCACAACAACCAAACACACAAACAAACACACACACACACACACACAGAGACACCUUGAAAACCACAACAACAUUUCCACAACGUAGCCACGCAAAAAUGCCACCUAAACCUGAACUGAAAACCUAAGACGACAAAAUACAACACCCACGACCCUCGCACAACAACCAGCACCUGGAAGCACCACCACCAAACACAACAACACCCUGAAAACCACCAAAAUGUGCAUCAACGGCGACACAGACACGGGGGAGCACAACGAUAAAUACUGUGACCAUGGGAUCGUUGCUGUGGCCACUUUGUCCUUUUUCCUCGCUAUCUCAAUGGUCCUCGCUAUCUUGGGGAAUAUCAUGGUCAUCAUCACCAUCCUGCGGCACCCCGGGAUGAGAACCAGGACCAACAUGCUACUGGGGAACUUGGCCGUGGCUGACAUACUGGUGGCGGUGCUGGAUAUGCCUGUGGCCCUCAUUACAAUUGUCAAACACAAGUGGAUAUUUUCCGAAGCGUUGUGUUACGUUAAUGGGUUCACCGUCGGCCUAGGGCUUAUGCUGUCUGUUCAUACUCUGAUGUGGAUAAGCAUUCACAAGUACCUGUCCAUCACGCGCCACUUUACCUGCAACGUGACAAAGUUCAAGAUCAGACUGAUGAUGGUGGCUGCAUGGGCGUGGACCAUCCUGUUCAACUUGUCAGCCACGCCCCUCUUGAAACUCACGGAUACGGUGUACAAGAAGGGGUCAUCGCAGUGUGGCCCAGCUGUCCCCACCUCAACAAGUCAACGGAUUCAUUCAGCUAUCAACACCCUUUGCAAUCUACUUAUUCCAAUGGCUGUGAUGAUCUUCUGCUAUUACAAGAUCUUCAAGGAGGUGCAUAACCAUCUUGAGAGGAUGCGGGAAAUAGCAGACCAGGGUGUGAGGAACAGCUACAUUCAACAGAAGCAGAUCACGGUGACCCUUCUCAUUGUGCUGAUCUUCUUCUUUGUCUUCUGGAUGCCCUACAUAGUGUACUCCAUGUCCCUCGUCUUUCUGGGAGAGGAGAAAGUGGACCCGGUGUUCAAUCCUAUCAGUUACCUGUUCGGAUACAUGAAUUCUGCGUGCAACCCGGUAAUCUACGCCUUCCGCUCUCCCUCCUUCAGGCGAAGCUUCAAAGAGAUUAUAUGGGGAUCCUCCUCGCGGCUACCAGGUCGACGGGGGAGUAUUUUCAUUUCCUUCAGGCGGUCCCUAUUUAGAAACAGCAAGAGUGGACAAACACACCUGGUUGCAGCCUCCGUGCACCACACUAGGUUGCCCAGGAGACCCUCACAGCCGCCCACUGCCCACCUGUUGCCCGACGACCCCCCGAGGGAGGCUAAUGGCAUGGCGGUCAGCUUGGCAGCCUCCGAGGACACCCCCAACACCUGUGAGAAUGGUCCAAGUGUGAGUGUGACAUUUGAGGGCGGCAGUGACACUCAGAUAGACAGUCACUCUUGCACUGUGAAUAUAGACGACUAUUACGCCCCCUGGCAGCCCCUCCAGCCACAGUUCCCAAGCAAUCACCUCAGUAAAAGCUGCCAGGAGAUUAUUCAGACGACCUCAAGCAUUAUGACGCGUUCUGCCUCCGCUGGCGACAUCCCGAGCCUGGCAGAGGAUGAAAAACAGAAGAGAGAGAAGGAGGAGGUGGUAGCUGACGUGGCUUCCAAACGGCGCCACCAGUCUGAGGUCCACCGGCCACUGAUGUGGCAGGCGAGUGUGGACCACCUAACCCCUGUUGGCAGGAGGAGGAAGAGUGAGGCAGUCGGUAGGGACCGGGUGAGGUCAGGGCAGACACACACGCAGACACACUUGAGUGUCAGGACGAUGAUUAAGAAUUUCAGGAGGUCUCUUAGUGAUUUGUUCAGCAUUGAGGAGCAUUGAUAGCAGGGCCCAGAGCUGUGUGAGGGGCUAUGCAGGGCUGUGUAGGGCUAGAGACUUAAUGCCCUACCCCGCUGCACUCCAUCCUUGCAUCUCAGCCCCUCAUGGAAUUGGAAACGUGUGCAGUGACAAUCAUUUCUACAUCACGGAGCAUUGAUAGCAGGACCCAGAGCUGCGUGUGGGCUGUGGGGACUGGGGACUUAUGCCUGACCUCCCACACUUCCUCCCUGCAUCUCAGCCCCUCGUGGAAUUGAAAAUGUGGAGAACUAAUGUGAGGUGGCAGUGAAGGACAGUGUUAGGUGGUGUGGUGGUCGCUGGUGGUCUGAGUGCUACUGUGGUGAGUGUGGUGAGUGUUCUGCCAAGAUGUCACGUCACGGCCUGCCAUGUUCUGCUGAAUGACUUCCUGAUGAGAGUUUUUUUAUUUAGUUCUUAUCUUUGCUUACUUUUUUUUUAGAGAGGCUAUGGACAAGGGCAACAAAAAAGAAACAAGGGUAGAGAGAAGAGAAAUAUUUAAAAAAGUACAAACCAACCUAUUUUUUUUAUUUUUUAUUUUUAUUUACUUAUUGCUUGAGGGGGCACCAGACAAGGGCAAGGAAUAUGGGUAGAAAAAAAAAAAAAAAAGCAACAACACCCAUUUCCCUUAGACAAAAAUCAAGGAAGAGAGAAGAAAAACGUUUAAAAAUACAGAAUAAGACUGCUUUCUUCAACUACCACUGCUAUCUUUAUUAUUUCAUAUUAAUCUUGUAUCUUGAGCAUUAAAUAGUUUACGUCUAGUCCCCAAACCUAUCUGUGUGUGUUAACUGUUAUUGGAUACCUAUGUAGUGUAGUUCAUGAGCCAUAGUGAGUUUAAGUGGCUGUCAUUAGCUCUCAGUGGCUCUCAGUGGCUCUCAGAUAUGUAUAGUGGUGUCAGGCAUUGAGGGAGUCUGUGCAAUGUUUGGUGCAGUUAUGUUGGCACCACUGUCAAGAGUACACAGGUUGGCAUAAGUUAUGUUGGUGCCACUGUCAGUGUUGCAUGGUUUGGUAGUCUUGAUGAAAGGAAUAACAUGGACAGAAGGACAGAAGAAUGGAGGAAUAAGGAGAAUUCAGAAAGUGUAAAAAAAAUGUGCAAGAAUGAUAGGAAAGGAAAGGAAAGGAAAGGAAUGACAGAAUGAUAGAAGAUUAAAGAAAAGGAAAAUUCAGAAAAUGUAAAAGGAAAAAUGCAAGAAUGACUGGAAAGGAAGGAGAGAAGGAUGCAAGAUUAAUGAAGGUGAAUGAAGAAAAGAGAAAAGGAGAUUAAAGUGAACUGAGGAAGUGUAAAGAUAAAGUUAUGAUGAGAAUGAUAGAAAGGAAGAAACAGAAGGACGCAAGAUUAAAGAAAAUAAAGUUGUUGUAAGAAUAACAGGAAGGAAAAGAGAAAAGAAGAUAAAAGAUAACUGAGGAAAUGUAAAAGAUAAAAUUGUGAUGAUCAUGACAGGAAAGAAAAGAGAAGGGAUGCAAGAUAAAGGAGAAAAAAAAAAAACUAGACAACUACACAAAAGAAGGGAAAGAAGACAGGAAAAUGAAAGAUAUAAUAAUAGAAGAGAAAAAGAUAGAAGAAAAAAACUUAGACAGCACGAGAAUGAAAGAAGACAGGAUUAUGCAAGACAACAACAACAACAAGUGUGGACAGUACAAAGUGACAGAAGAAAUUAACAAGUGGAGGAGAUCACAAGACUCAACAGGC